AGCUAAGCUAAGGGGCUGACUGGCCCAGACAAGGCUAGUUGGCAACCCAUAGUAAAGUUAUGGGUUGCGGAUUAUAUAACGGAGCUGACGAUCCUUCAAAAUUUGAAGGUCAACUGGAACAACAAAUAGAUCGACGAUGAGUUCAAGAAGGAAGAGGAUAAUAUUAACUCUAAGAGAAAGGUGUUCGAUAAGAGCCAAAAUAAAAUGAUAGAAAUUGAUGCUACACAGAAUAACAGAGAGUUUGACUUCUUUGAAGGUGCUGAUGCUGGAGCUGGAGAACAAUUCAUGGCUAUCAGACCUUACGAGGGAGCUAUCGAAGAUCCAGAUGUGCACAAUAAUGUUAACCAUGAUGCUCCAGAUGUUGAAUAUGAGCUUGAAUACGUCUAUGGAUACAGAGCUGAAGACAUCAGAAUGAACUGCUUCUAUAAUGCUGAUAAAAUACUGUUUACUUCAUUGCUGCUUUAGGUGUGAUUCUUGAUCAAGGAUCCAACAAGCAGAAAUUCUU